CUAUGUCUUUUUGACAGCUGAGACCGCUUACGGUCCAUCUCGCUCACUUCAGUUUUUAAGUUUAUUAUUCCAAAUAUUGUUGGCUUUCGGGCAUUUUUAUCAAACAUUUUCAUAUAGAAAAUGUAUCCACAAAGCUCCCAAAGAAAGUAUUGGACAUUUAAAAAUGAACAGGAGUUAACAGAGCGAAGGUUGAAACAGAAUAGCAACUUCAUUGCGCUACAUGGGUCUGGCAUGACCGAAGAGCAGAAGGCAGCAUUUUUUCUUUCAGCGGCUGAAGAGCGGUUACUUCUAAAGCAGUAUGAGUUGCAAUUAAAAGAAUUCUGUAAACGGUUUGAACCUCCUAUGCCAAAGUAUGUGGUGGGUACAGCGUUUCAUUAUUUCAAAAGGUUCUAUUUGAACAAUUCAUCAAUGGACUAUCAUCCCAAAGAAAUCCUAGCAACUUGUGUAUACCUCUCUUGCAAGGUUGAAGAGUUCAAUGUUUCCAUCGGGCAAUUCGUUGCCAAUAUUAAGGGUGACCGGGGAAAGGCCAUGGACAUCAUACUCUCAAAUGAGCUUCUACUGAUGCAGGAACUAAACUAUUAUCUUACUAUACAUAAUCCUUUCCGACCAAUAGAGGGGUUCUUGAUUGACAUAAAGACCCGGUGUAAUAUGAACAACCCAGAUCGGUUGCGAUCUGGAAUAGAUGAUUUUAUAGAUAAAACAUUUCUCACAGACGCAAUUUUACUGUAUGCGCCGUCACAGAUUGCCCUAGCCGCAGUAUUACACGCAGCAAGCAAGGAACAGGAAAAUUUGGACAGCUACGUUACAGAAUCGCUGUUUGGGGCGGCCAAAGAGAAACUUCCAGUGCUUAUUGAAGCAGUCAAACGAGUCCGAUCAAUGGUACGUACAAUAGAACUGCCACAAAAAGAGAAAGUUCGAGCGUUGGAAAAGAAAUUGGAAAAGUGUCGCAAUCAGGAAAACAAUCCAGAUAGCCAAAUCUAUAAACAACGCAUGAAAAAGAUGUAUGAAGACGAAGACGAAGCAGAAUUGAUGAAUACUUCAUACCACAUGAACACAACCGAUGGUAACUCGGACGUUUCUCAACUGAAUGUUACCAAUCCAGGAAAUAUGUCAAUAGAAUGAAUUUCAUAAUGUACAAAAAAAAAAGCUUGAGAAGAAAAUAAAAUUGUAUUAUAUAACUAAAA